AACAUUAGAACGAAUAAUCACACGAAAUAAACUGUCAAACGAAAACGUAGCUGAAGUUCGUCACAUAUAAUUCGGAUUUUUCUGGAAUUGAAAAAUACUUUGCUAAUAGAAAGUUUUGAAACAAAUCUGUAUAAACAUUUUGUUAUUUUCUAUAAAACACGUUUCGAAAGAAUAAAUUCAAGUAGAUAUUUCGGCAUCACAACUCAAUUCAUAAGUGCUUUAAGUUGGAAACGAAGAAGGCCGUAGGAGUUUGCCAAAAGUUAUAAUAGAAGCCAAGGAAGAUGUCUGACUGGGACACAGUUACUGUACUGCGCAAGAAGGCGCCCAAGGGUAGUGCAGCAAAAUCGGAGACCGUAGUUAAUCAUGCCAGACGACAGGGAGUACCCGUCGAAACAACACAGAAAUAUGGUGCGGGCACCAACAAGCAACAUGUGACCACAAAAAAUACUGCCAAACUGGAUCGUGAGACUGAAGAGUUAAAACAUGUCAAAAUUCCAUUAGACGUUGGCAAAUUGAUAAUGCAGGGACGUCAAUCGAAAGGUCUCAGUCAGAAGGAUUUGGCAACUAAAAUCUGUGAAAAACAACAGGUCGUCACGGAUUACGAAGCGGGUCGCGGCAUUCCUAAUAACUUAAUUUUGGGCAAGAUUGAACGUGUGAUUGGCGUAAAAUUACGUGGAAAAGAUCGCGGCCAACCGCUGCAGCCUCCCGGUAAGAAAUGAGUUGACAAUGCGGCUGCAAGUGGCAACGCUAGUAGUAAUAAACCAAAAAAACAACAUCCAUAAAAAGCAUAUCGCAACAGCAACCAUUUAAUACAAAACGCUAAUGUAAAUGCAAAUAUGAAUGCCACUCUAACGUUCAUGCCAUAAACAACUGCAACGCUUACGACAACAGCGGCAAACGCAAGUAAAGUUAUUAUCGGGAGGCUGAGAAGUUUCUACUUCCAAACGGAAGCAACAAACACUCUUGUCAAGGAGCAGUUUUUUUUUUUUUUUUGUUUUUCAACUUCAUCUAAUCAUAUACAUACUUACAUUAAUUCAUUCAUAUAAAAACAUGUUUAUAUAAUUUAAUUUUUGUUUUCAAAUUUGAAUCUAAUAUAUUCUGCUUUCAGCAGCAACAGCAUGAGCCACCCUAUAGCACGAAUACAAACCAGAGUAAAGCAGAAUAUAUCACUAAAAAGGAAACUAAAAAUCAUGAAAUGUGCAUAAAAUUUAUAUGUAACUACACAUAAAUUUUGAGCUAACACAACUACAUACAUAUUAAAAAAAACACCCAAAUUUUAAGCAAAACAUUUAAGAUUAUGAAAUGAAAAUGGUAAUGAAUAUUUACAAAACACAAUAUAACGAUUUUUACAUAUAAAAAAAAACUUAAAACAUGCUCAAAAAUUAAAUGUAGUUUAUCAACUAUGCUGGAUAUUACAACUCAUCUACAUACAUACCUACAUGCAUACGAUACAUCCGUCGUUAGUUAUAAUAUUUCAUACGACAUUAUGAAGUAAUGGAAUUCAAUACUGACCUUAAGUGAUGAUGUUAUGAAAGAGAAUUUUAUCAAUAAAAUGAUAUUUAAGGUCUUGAAGUGAUUUCUAAGAAAUUCGGAAAAUAUGGACGUGUUACGAUUUGUAUGCAAUAUACAUAAAUAGUUUUUUUUUUUUCAUUUUAGAUGUUUGCUUCAAAUAAAUAUAUGUGUACACAAAGUUUCGAUUUCGUCACAAUUUGAAAACUUA